CUGGCCUGAUAGCAAACAGUUGUGGCACACAGUUCAAGCUAUCCAGGAUGAAGUGGCUAUUAAAUGGGCCCCUACUAUUGAUCAUAUUGAUGGUUCAUCGGAACCGGGCCGACGAAGAUCUGGUAGUGGCCCCCGGUCCAGACGACGAUGGUGAGGGCUUAAGUGUCCAGGAUAAGGAAAUUUACGAUAUGUACGAAAACACCCAGAUAAAUGUCUGCGGCAAUGUGGCGGAUGGAGUUUAUUUGCCCUAUGUUGGAAAUUGCUCCAAAUAUAUCGAGUGUGAAAACAAAACCAUUAAGGAAGUAGGAAGCUGUAUGGAUUUGGCAAAGGAUAAUACAGAUAUUUGCGAUCCAAACAAGCCGUGUGAGCUGGGCUACGAUCCUGUUCUCCAAGUGUGCACCUACAUGGAGAAGGUACAGUGCCUGCCCACCUGUGAGUCGUUCCGAUUGAGCAGCUUCUGCUACGACAACACCUGUACCAAGUACGUGCUCUGCUACUACGGCAAACCCGUGCUGCGCCAAUGCCACGAUGGACUCCAGUACAACAACGCCACGGAUCGCUGUGACUUCCCCGAGUUUGUCGACUGUGUGGCCAACGACUGUUCCGCCACCUUCCAGCCAGAGGACAUCAUCUACCUGAGUAGCAAGGCCUCCUGCAGCAAGUACUACGUCUGUUCCAAUGGUCAUCCGUGGGAACAGGAGUGUGCUCCUGGCUUGGCCUACAAUCCCAGCUGCAAGUGCUGCGAUUUUGCCAAGAAUGUUAACUGCACGAUUGAUGCUGCAGCCAGGAAUAUUCUGCCUUAUUCCCGAACCCCUCUGCGUCGUGCUGACAUUAAGUGUCCCCUUAUGGGAACUCACUUUUUCACACACAAAUCUCGCCGAGAUGCAUACUAUUACUGCGUCGAAGGACGUGGAGUCACACUAGACUGCACUCCGGGUCUUUACUACGAUCCCAAGGUGGAGGAUUGCCGCAGACCGGAAUUCGUUGGUGUCUAACUGAGUUUUCAUAAAUAAAUAAUUACAACCUGUUG